CCCGCGCCCUUAGUGUCUUCCAUCAGCCACCAAAUGGUGGCUUUGUAGACCCUGCAGCUGCUGUAGCAGGAGUGAGGGUGGGGGGACCGUCCCGGCGCCCCAAAGAAUCCGCGCAAUCCAGACCACUUGUCCGCGGCUCCAGCGCGUCGCUCAGGCCCGCUGCGGGCCGAGCCAGGGUUGGGGUGCGAGGAGGGCAGUUGGGGCAAGGGGUCCAAGAAUGAGGGGUCCGGGUUGCGGGCGAGCUCCCCAGAGGUGGAGGUGGUGCGAGGAGCAGAGUGGGGCGCGGAGCUGGGGCCCUUUCCCCGGGGUCGCGAGCCCUGCACCCUGGCCCGAAUGGCAAUGCGCAGCGCGCUGGCCCGCGUGGUGGACUCGACCUCGGAGCUGGUCAGCCUGGAGCAGACACUGCUGGGCCCCCUUCAGCCAGAGCGGUCCUUCCCCAUCCACCUAAAGGACAGUGUUGAGUUUAGAAAUAUCUGCAGUCAUUUGGCUCUACAAACUGAAGGACAGUAGUUUGACAGAGAUUUGAAUGCUGCCCACCAGUGUUUGAAGACAAUAGUCAAGAAGCUGUUUCAGUCACUUGCUAACCUUCUUUCUGAUGCUCAUGUGGUAGCUUGUGCUUCCUUGAGACAGAUCUUACAGAAUCUUCCAGACAUAUGA